AUGGAGACGGAGGCAUUCGCCGCACUCCUCAGCGGCACCAGUGGGCAGGUGCCCCGGCUGUGCCGUGCAGGGCUGACCCUCCUCACAGCGCUCCGCCUCGGCACCCUGGCGCUGGGAGCCGAAACGCUCUGGCGUGACGAGACGGCCGACCUGUGGUGCGACGACACCUCCCGCAGCUGCCUCCUCGCUUGCUUCAAUGAGGCCUUCCCCAUCUCGCCCUUCAACCUCUUUCUGCUGCACAUGGCAACCGUCCUGGCGCACGGCUUGGCCUGCGCCUUCCUGUUCCGCCCACCCGACUGCCAGGGCAAGGGCCUUUGGUGGCACGGCCGGCUCCGUGGCAAGAGCCAACAGUGGCGGCUGCAUCUCAUCAACCUCGUGGCCAAGAUCCUUCUGGAAAGCGUUUUCCUGAUGGCCUUCCACAGCCUCUAUGGCCGAUACCCGGCGGUGCUACACUGCCCUCUUUCUGUUUCUUGCCCCAAGGCGGCGUUCUGUACCAUCCGGCAGGCCGCGUGGAAACACGCGUUCAACCUCUUCGUUGCCGGGAUGUCCUGGCUUUCGGUCACACUGUGCCUGGCUGCGUUGCGCCUUGCAGUGUGUGGGAUUGCAAACCCCAUAACCCCCAGUCAGCACGUGUAA